AUGGAGGAGCCGCUGAGCUUCGCCGAGGCCGCGCGGCGCGUGGGCGUCAAGCGCGACGUCUUCUUCCGCCGCGUGCUCGUGUCGGACGCCGACGUGCAGCAGCAGAUGCUGGCGCGCAUCACGGACGAGCUGCGCGAGCUGCUGGCGCGCGAGGACCCGACGCUCGUCACGGACUUCCACCCGACGGCGCUGCGCCUGAUGCUGGACGCGCCCUUUCCGGCCAUCCGCGAGGCGCUCGCGCAGGUCGUGGACGUCGUGGAGCAGAAAUUCCCGGAGGCCGCGGAGCUGCGCGAGCGCCAGACGCGCGUGUCGUACUUUUUCGCGAACGGCGACGCGCCCGAGGACGCCGAGGCCGAGACCGUCCCGCGCACCUUCCUGCGCACGGGCCGCGUGACGCACCUCAUGCAGAUCCUGGCGUGGCACCCGAGCUACCUGGAACUCUUCGACCGCAGCCUGGCCUCCACCAUGACGCGCGACGGCACGCUGCCGCUGCAGUGGCGCAGCUACAUCGCCGUCAUGGGCGCCAGCGAGCUGCGGUGUCACUACCUCGCCGACCUGCAGCAGUACAACUUCGUGCUCUUCCGGCUGCACGAGCUCAGCUCGCUGCUCGCGCACCGCCCGUGGCUGCUGACGGCCGACCAUGUGGCGGAGCUGCUGCGCUCGGACCAGGACGACUCGUGGUCCGUCUCGGAGCUCGUGCACGCCAUCAUUGUUCUGUGUCAGGCCCACUCCAUGUCCAGCAUCGCGCUGGGCGUCGGCUGCGCCGAAGAGGUGGAUCUCGCCGUGUUUGGGCAGUUUGGCUUCGCGCUGGACGCCGAGUCGGCGAGCGCGGACGUCGACAACCAGGAGGGAGCCGACGCCAGCAGCUGCAGCAGCGUGGACCUGUCGACCAUCGACCGCGACGACGAGAUGCUGCUGAAGCAGCUUAAGAAGAACAGCGGACUGGACAGCGACACUGCGGACGAAGAGGAGGAAGACAACAAUGAACAGGACGAGCCGGAAGACGGAGAGGACGACGAGGACGCGGAAUACGACGCUGACGACGGAUUCGAGGUGGUCGUCGAUGAAGCAGAUUACGGAAUUAACGCCACCACUGCUAGCCGACGGAAAGACACGCUGUGGCGGUUCUGCGGUGGCAGUGUCAUCCGCUAUGCCGACUUCGAUGUCCGCUCCGAGGAGUACGAGGUGCUGCACACGGAGGACUUUAGCUGGGACGAGCACUGCUUCUCGCUUGUGAAGCGGUAUUUCCCCGGCGAGGCAGGACAGAUCUUGGAGGACUUGUUCAACCUGACGAGCAAGCUGACGUACGACUACUUUGGCGCGCAGAAAGAGGAGUGUGUGGACACCAGCCCGUACCGCGAUGCCGUGUGGUACUACGUGCACCGCAUCUUCGGUAUUUGCCACGACGACUACGACUACCGGCAGGUCAACACGUACCUGAACCGACCGACCAAGAUUUUCCUGAAGAAGGUGGCGUGCACGCCCUGGAAGGUGCGUCAGGAAGACUUCGAGCACUUCGACCGCACGCUCAGCCCGUCCGAGAAGUGCCACGUCAUUCUUCUGGUCGCCGAGGCGCGCAAGCAGGCCGGACUCAUGUACGGCCUGCGCGCCGUUAUGAAUCACAUGCGCUGA